CGUAGGAAAGUGUGGGCGGAAUGGAAUCUUUGUUUUGUUUUGGUACACGAACAUUGUAAGACGCAGAUGUGUUUGCGACGUAUGGUGUAAAUAAAAUUCUUUGUGUAAAAUCCUUUGUUUUUAUUAUAAUGCGUGUUUAAUAAAUGUGUGGAUAAUUUCAUAAAUUUUAAAGUAUUAUUAACUUCUUUUUCCGUUUCUCGCAAAAUAGUAUUAUUUUGCGUUUAUAUUAACGUUUAUUUAACAAAUUUUAAGAAAAAUGUGGUCCCACUUAGAACGUGGCAGCUCACCGGUGGAUUGGUGUGAAUCAAAUUAUUCUAUUUCACCAUUGAUAGCAGAAUUCGUCAACACCGUAAGCAACAUCCUGUUUUUCCUGCUCCCACCAGUGCUGAUACAUUUGUUUCAAGAAUAUGCCAAAUUUGUGAAUCCUGCAAUCAAUAUUCUGUGGAUUUUGCUCAUGAUUGUUGGACUGAGUUCUGCAUACUUUCAUGCUACUUUGAGUUUGGUUGGGCAAUUGUUGGACGAGUUGGCUAUAUUGUGGGUCUUUAUGGCAGCAUUUGCAAUGUUUUUGCCCAGAAGAUAUUUUCCAAAAUUUCUUGGAGGGAACAGAAGGAAGUUGGCUUUCUGCUCCAGUGUUGUCUCAGUACUCUCAACAGGCUUCCUGGUCAUGCAUCCAGCAGCUAACGCUUUCGCCUUGAUGACUCUGGCUUUGCCUGCCAUUGGUUUCUUGUACAAAGAGUUGACCAGAGUGAAAUGCGCCCGUGUCUAUCGGCUGGGUUUGCGCUGCGUCGCAGUUUGCUUUUUAGCAAAGUUCUGCUGGAUCAUAGAUCGCCUAUUCUGUGACGCAUGGCUUUCUAUAAAUUUCCCGUACUUCCACGGAGUCUGGCAUAUCCUCAUAUUUAUAGCCAGUUACACUGCUCUCGUGCUCUUCGCCUACUUUCAUGUGUCCGAAGAGCGUCCUGAACAAAAACCGUUACUAAAAUAUUGGCCUAGUAACAAUUUCGAACUAGGCAUCCCUUACAUCACGUUCAAACAUCCAUGCAAAAAGGAUAAUGGGCAUGCAAUAUAAUUUUUAAAUGAGUCUUAUUUAUUGAGAUGUGUGUUUUAUUUGAAUGAGAUGAUUUAUAUGUAUAUUAUGGAAAUGUUCAAUAAAAAAAAAAUCAAAUUUUAUUAUAUGGAUUUUAGAUAUAAUUUUAAGAAGUGUUUUGAGUGCAAUCAUUUAGUUAAUUGCUAAAUUAUGACAGAUAUUUUUUGAUGAUUAUAUUUUGUUAGUUAUAGAAAUUAUUUUUGUGAUGUUUUGAUUGUGAGCUUUGAAAAGUUAAGAUUCUAGUGCCAAUCUGUGAUUUAAAGUAUAAUAUUAAUAUAAGUAUGUAACGAUUUAAAAAUAUUUAUAUUAAUUACCUACCUAUAGGUAGUGUAUUAUUAAUUGGUAUUUUUGGGUGAAUAUAUUAGUUUUGUAUUUAUUUGUUAGUAUUGUUGUAAUUUGUGUACCUAUUACUUUUAAAAACACUAUUGUUUAAGUGAAUACAUAUUUAUUUAAUAUUAUGGAUAAGUAAUUUAAUUUUUUAGGCUUCCCUACCAUUUCAUGUAAUAAGCAUGCAAAUGAUUAUACUGACCUCGUCUCGUGUAUCGAGCAAAUGUA